AUGGGUGUAAUAGCCGGAACUGAUAGGAUUAGUGAAUUACCUGAAUCCCUUACUCAUCACAUUCUCUCAUUUCUUCCAAUCAAACGUGCUGCUUCAACUACAAUUUUAUCUAAAAGAUGGAACAAUCGCUGGUUAUCUCUUCCCGUUCUUGAGUUUACAGAAUGGCGAUCUCCUCCUACUGCUACUACUACACUUGAAGAUCGCAAGGAAGAAGAAGAAGAAGCCGAUUCUGAUACAGAUGGUUCGGAGCAAGAAUACCGAGUGAUCGAAGAUUCACCUCCAGUAGAUUUAUCAGAGACUAAUAGGUUCAUGCAUUUUCUGGAUAAGUUUGUUGAGAAGGUGUCUCAUGUAAAGCGCCUAAUGGUAUCGCAUACCUACUUUUAUCCUAAGAUUCUUGACGACUCAAGCGUUCUCCCUAGAAGCUUCCAUAUGUUCCGUAAUUUGGUCAGUUUUGAAGUGGAUAUUAUGUAUUAUGGGCAAAUCAAAUCAUUAUUCGACACAAUUCCACAGUUUUCGCCAAAUUUAACAUUACCCGUCUUCCUUCAGCUCUUCGCGUAUGAUAAAGUCGGUGAGGAUGCAUUGUCGUUAAAUAUAGUGCCUCGUUGUUUGUUGUUAUGCCUCAAGUCCAUUGAAAUUCGGAGUUUCUAUGGGCACCCAGGGGAGAUAGAAGUGGUGAAAUUAUUUCUGGAGAAUGCUAGAGUUCUUCAUUUGAUUACUCUUGGAAGUUCAUCACAUCGUUUGGUAUAUAUGAACAAGAAGAAACCUACUGCUGAAGAAAUAGAAGAUGCCAAUCAUAAAAUUCUGGAGCAGUUACUGCCAUUUUCAUGGGCUUCAGCUGAUUGCAUGGUUACGUUUUCAAGUCCCUAAUCUAUUUUCUUUUUCUUACAUUUUGAGUAUUGAACUUCACUGUUUUGAGGUUAAGAUUAGGAAU